CACCAUCCAACAAGGGCCGCUGCCUACUGAAAAAGAACUGCGCAGCGCCUCCAGCACCGUGGCCUCUUAUUAUUCAUCCAUGACUGUGGCACGGCAGAGGGGGCUCUCCACUCCACGGGGCUAAAAACCGCAUAACCUGGACUACCACAUAUAUUCACUAGCUCCUAUUGUCUUUUUUUAACCAACAAACAUGACAGCCACCAUUAUUUCUCCUUUCUUCGAACACAAAGAAGUGCCUAACAAGAACAGUAAGAUGUUCAACUACAGCAACAACAUUAACAGUCUUGGUGGAUCUCAACUGUCGUCUGUCCCCUGCUCCAGUGCCAACUUCUCCUCCUGCACCCCCAUUGAAUCCCUGCAGGACAGGAAGGUGGUGGGUGCCCCCUCUGCAGGAGGCCUGUUUCAACGCCGUCACUCAGUCAGCCUCCCAAGUGCAAAGUUAAGCCAGAACCAGUUUGUCAACAACCUUAAAAGGGAUCCUUCUGUGUUGUUGGGUAGCAGCUGCAGCAACAACAAGGAGAACCAUUUCCGUGAGCGCUCCUUCUCUGAGCUGGGGGAUAGACAGUGGUCUGGCAGUCAGGUGUGUGUGGAUGGAAACAGCCAAGUCAACCCAAGCCGCUAUAAGACCGAGCUGUGCCGGCCCUUUGAAGAGAACGGCACCUGUAAAUACGGCGAUAAGUGCCAGUUUGCCCACGGCAUGCAUGAGCUGCGCAGCCUGAGCCGCCACCCAAAGUACAAGACUGAGCUGUGCCGCACCUUCCAUACCGUCGGUUUCUGUCCGUAUGGCCCCCGAUGCAACUUUAUCCACAACGCAGAGGAGCGCCGUGGGCCCCCUCCCCUUUCCGCCUUUAACAAAAUGGAGCGCCCUCGGCUGCAGCACAGCUUUAGCUUUGCCGGCUUCCCCAGUUCCAGCAGCUGGCAGGACAGCCCCGCCUCCAUUACACCGCCACCCAUGUUUUCCACCGAGGAUCUGACAGAAUGGCAGAGAAACCCCUUUGCUUACUCCGACCAAGAGCUUGCCAGCCUGUUUGGGCCCAGCUUGGGGCCACCACCUGUGUCCAAGCCUCAGGGUCCAACCCCACCUUCCCCAACCACCUUCUGCUUUUUCCAGCCCAUGUCAGGUGGCUCCCCCUGCCAUCCAGGCUCUCUGUCUGACCAGGAGGGCUAUCAGAGCAGCCUGGACAGUCAGAGCGGCUCUGAGUCCCCUCUCCUGGAUGCAUCCCGUCGCCUCCCAAUUUUCAGCAGGCUCUCUGUCUCUGAUGAUUAAGGUGUCUUCUUCCCUGGGCUUGAGAUGGGAGUAAUGGAAAGAGUUUGGAAGAGGGAGACAAUUCACCCUCCUAACUCCCUUCUCUUAGCCCUGUUAACAG